AUGGCCCUGAGACGGUCAUCCAGACUAAGCCAAAAUGUGGAACUGGGCAAAAGUGUGAGCUACGCCCUGGUUGAAAAAACGGACGACGAGGAUGACAAUUCGGGUGAUAAAGUGCGGGCCAGGGGAAGGAAGAAGAAUGUGAAACAUACUAACGAAGAAGUAACAAGCACCGAUGGUGACAACACUACUGAGGACAGUGACUACAAAGUAAGUGAGAAGGAGAAGAAGGGGCACUCCGAAGAGGAGGAAGAGGAUAGUGAGGACCAGCGAGAUGAUACAAGUGAUUAUUCCACUGACGGUAAAAGAAGCAAAGGGAAAAAUGCUCGCAGGAGUGGGAACCAACGAAACAGACGCAAGAGCAUCCGUAACAACGGGGAGAGUGACGAAUCAUCAUCAGUGGGAGCCAAAGGGAAAAAGAGCAAGCUCGGCAAAAAAGGAAAGCCAAGCAAGCAAAACAAACGGGGAAGUACCGAACAGAGUAUCGUUCUUCAGGAAGAAAAUGCCAACGAGGAAGGAAGCAAUUCUUCAGAUGAAAAUUCCAACAACGUGAACAAGACAAACAAACAGAAGAAACCAAAGGGGAAAAGCUACAUAGAAAGACUGCAAGAAGAUAUGGACGACGACGACUUUGAUAUUUUUAAGAAGAACAGCAAAUUUGACAAGAAUAAAAGAAUAUCCACCGUCAACAAGGGUAGCAGCGCGCUAGACAUGAAACUGAAGAAGAGGAAAAGCAUUUACGUGGAAUCCAGUAACAGUGAAGAUUCAAGCGGAAGCGACUAUGAGUACACCACUGAAAAAACGAGACCUGCGAAAAAAUUUAAAAAUAGCAACAGCAAUAGCAAUAGCAAUAAUAGUAAUAAUAACAACAAACCGAACGAUAAAGAACAAAGGGGACUAAACAUGAACAAAAAUGCUCAUAAAAAUUUUGACGACUUUAACAUGUACGAAAAAAUUAAAAAAGGGCCCAAAAAUUUACACGAAAUUAUUGAAGAAAUUUAUUACUACUUGUUUAAUAGGGAGAAUAACGAAAUGGUUAAGGUGUCCACUUUUUUUUUAAAUUUCCUGGCUGAAUGUUCAGGCAAUGAAACACUCACGUGGACAAUUGACAUAAUUGAUUAUAUAGACAAGCAAGUAUACCUCUACGAAGAAAUCGCAAAUAACAAAAUUGACCUUCCAUCGACUGCUUCGAACAGGCCGGGAGCGGCUCCCACUUCUAUAACCGAAAUUAUAACCCCCUCAACGGCGCAAUCAGGUAGCAAAAUUAGCAACAUAGAUGAAAUAAUAAAGGACGAAAAUAAUUUUGAAAAGAUAUGCACAUUUAAGUGUAAAAAAUUGGAACAGUAUUUAUCCUCCGAUCUUGAUAAUGACGUUUUGAUAAAAAAAAAAAAUGAAAAUAAUAAAUCGUAUAAAUCCUUUACAAAUUUCUUCUCCGAUUUUGCUUACCAUUUUGAUGAGAAUUACAUCCACGAAGUGUUGUAUGUAUGCAUAUGGAUAUUCUCCCUUAGCAUAAGCAAGUACAGGAAGAUACGAUUUACUGCUUCUUUAGCUAGCCACUCCAUAUUAUUAGGACUGUGCAAAAAAAUUAACUAUAUUAACAACCAUGAGAAGCAAGCCGGGAAGCAGCUACUCGCGGAGUACGCCCGGGAGAGGGAAAAUACGAACAAAGGGAACGGUCAGCGGAGGGGCAGCGUCAUCGGUAGGAGUAGCAGAAACAGUGCCCACACCUCAAACACGGGAAAGGACAGAUGGGACGACGCUGAUAUUGAAGAGCUUAUUCAGUACGCCAAAAAGAGGGACAACACACAAAUCCGAACCAUCGUGGAAAGAAAUUUAAUCAUCAGCCAACUUAUUGAUAACAUAAACGAGGACAGAAAAAAUCUAACCAUUUUGAAUAACUUCCUUCUCUGCACGUAUAAUAUAAUAUACAGGAACAAGAUAAAAGAUGUUUUUGCAGAUAUUAGGGCAAUAACGCUGGAGUACUUUCUCCACUAUGUACAGGUGUUAAGCAGCUACUUCACCAACAGGAAGUACACCAAGCUGCUCAUUUGGAUUUUGUACGAUAAGGAUAGCAAAGUUAAGAUGUGCGCGUUGGACAUUUUAAUAUAUCUGUGCACUUUGUACAACACAAAUGGGAACUUCAAAAUUGUGGAACUGCUCUACAUGUGUAAAAAAAAAUUGCUGAAUUUUAUUUUCGACGAUGAUUACAAUGUUCGGGUGAAGACAUUCGAGUUGAUUCUCCAGAUGAGCAAAAUGAAAAUUAGCAAAGACGAAUUUAUAGCGUUUAAAAAAAACGCCAAGAAUAGCCCCAUCGCUCUUACCAACAGGAAAGAUGAGACAACGUCUGAUGUUUCCUCCCAAUAUGAAAGCGGCGAAUAUGAUGAAAAUGACACGUCUUCCGAUGUGGAGAUGCUUGCAAAUAAUCAUUUAUCCAUAGUGCUGGAUGACAAACAGAGGAAGAAAAACAACACAACAAAUGACAUGGUAAAUAUUCUCUCAAAGAAGGAAAAGAAAAUUGUUAGCAAUUUAAUAUGGUUUAACAAUAAUAGUAAAAUAUCGAAAAUUAUCACGUCGCUAAUAUACGAAUCGCAAAUAAAAAAUAAAAUAAAAAUGAUAGAUCAGAAGAGAAACAACUAUUUUGACGUAGAACAAAAUGACGCCAACUGUGAAAUUGUAAAAUUUAAUCUCAUUUUUUUGACAAAGUACCUGAACAGAAAUAUACCGACUGUUAAAAAUUUCGUCCACUAUUUUGAUUACCUAGCCAAUUAUAAUGAGAAUAUGAAACUGUACACAGUGAUUGACAGGUUUGUUAGCGGCGUUAGAGAAAUGCUAGAUGCGGUGAACUGCAUAGACGUCAUGAUUGAACUGCUGUGCAAGGAUGAUAUUGCUCUGGAGACCCACUGGGGCGGAGCCGUCGAAACGGUCAGGGAGAAGGACGACCUGGAAGGAAGUGGCAGUGGGGACAGCAAUAUGACGGACGGAGGCGCUAAGAAGGGUAAGAAAAAUGGAAAGGGAACCAAAAAAGGGAGCAACAAGACCAUGGACAGGUCGAAAGAAAACGAAGAAAGUGGAAAUGAAAGUACUAACGAUGAGGAAAACGAACUCGAGGUAGUUGCUGUAGAAGCCAGCGCGAAGCGAGACCUCAGGAAGUGCCUCCUGUACAUCUGCGAAUCGGCCUACAGAAAUUUCCAAAACGAUAUAAACGAAAUGGAGAGAAACAAGAAUAGGAAGACGCCCCCUCAGGUUAACGACACGAACGCAACUGGGAACGGCAUGCAUAAUGCGAAACUGACUAACGAUAUGGGAAAAAUAAAAAAGAUGAUCAUCUACACAUUCGGAAUAAUCAAACACAGUAAACUCCUCAUCAAAUUGCACCAAACGAAUCAGGAACAUUUGUUGUUGGUUUUUAAAAUUUUAAAAGUGGCAAUACAGGAGUGCAAACACAUAUACAGAAAUGGAGAAAAAAAUAAUAUAUACAAUUUCGGAUCUACCAUAAUGGAAUAUUUUAAAAACGACAUUGACAGCAAUAUCAAUUUUUUCUUUAACAACGUUUUUGUACAUUUGAAGGAGACAUACGAGUAUUUGUACUACGUGAUAAAAAAUUUGAAGCUGCCAUAUUAUUCGGCUAAGUGUACCAUGAAUAUGAUUUCCCUUUUCCUCUCCUUGAAUGAUUUUCUUAAGGGGGAGGGUCCUACUAGCGGGGGAAGUGGCAACCAGAAAUUAUCCACCGAUAUAUUCUUUGACCUUUACUACACCCACUUUAACAACUUCCUAGACGCCUUUUUAUACUACCGCAAAAAUUACAACGCCGAAAUUGAGUGCGAAGAGGAAGAGGAAUAUAUACAAAAUGGACGUAACAAAGUUGUCAUCGUUAGUGAGAAGCUAAUGCACAAAGACAGAAAUGUUGUGGAUUCCAUAGAAAACGACUUAGUCUCCAAUCUUACAAAUUUAAUUCACAUGUAUACUCUCUGCUUCAGCUACAUAAACAAUGAUUUGUCCAACUACGUGGAAAAAAAAAAUGACAUCAAAAAAAUUAAUAAGAGCAUUAGGAAGGUUAUCGAGAAGGACUACUUUCAAUUUAUUGUAAAUGAAAAAUGUCAAGCGUAUUUUAAGGAGAAUAUUUUCGUGAACGAAUUUUUGGAUGGUCACGCUUUGCAGUACGGUAGUGAGCAUUUCUCUGACGGCUACGACAGCGGCAACAGCGGUGACAACCGUGAUGAGGAUGAUACAGAGGAGGGUAGCGAAGAGGAAGACAGCGAGCCGCACAGUGACCAACACGACGGGGACUACACAAGCCGUACCGCCAACCGGAAGGGGAACAAACAGCCGAAUCGAAAAAAAGGAAAAAGUAAUAAGCCGAACGCGGAAAAGAACAUGUAUGACAACUACAUUGGCCGAAGCGGAACUAUCAACAAUCAGAAGAUAAGUAAUAAAGCGACAUUUGAUAAGGAUGAACAUUUCCAGCAGGGACAAAAUUUUUACAACCUAUACUACAGUUCCGACGCCUGCAUGCAUGCAAAUGUAGUCCUUCAGCUGUGCUUUUACAUAAUAAAGGCAAAAAUCAAUUCAGUGUACUACUAUGAAGAGGAGAAUAGCACCCCCAAAACACCCUCAUCCAGGCUGCUCCUACUGUGCAUAGACCUCAUAUACGUCAUAUAUGAAAAUUACAUAUACUACCUAUGCAGGAAGAGAUACUUUUUCAAUUACCUAUAUAGUAACUUCUUUUUGAAGAACGAUUCCUCGGUUGGAGGAGACGUAGGGGGAAGUAAAAACGUAAAAAAGGAAAUGAGCGAAAAGAAUAACCCAAGUAAGACAAGUGGGGCCAAUGAGAAAGAACCAAGUGCGGAAGAGAAAGAAUCGAAGGGAGAAAACAAAAAUGAUACCCCUAGCAGCAACAUCAAUAUGGACGAUUUAAAGAGUUUGCUUACCCUUAGUGGGAAGAAGAAAAAUAUUUUAAAAAGCGUAUUCGUGGAACUGAAUUAUAUAUACAACAAUUUACUAACCCUGAGGGAUGAUCUGAAUGACGUGUUGGUGUACCUCAUCAAGGCAUCCAACAACACGAUUCUGAAAUAUGGCACGUUCUUAAAUCUGAUGAACGUAGCGCAGUUGGAAAAUGUGCUCCUCUACUCUGUGGAGGAUAUGAAAAAGUACAAAACGUUGGAGCUCUUUAUAAACGCGUGCUGCAGGGAGGAAGGGCAGGUGGACGAAAAUGGGGUGGCCAAUCUGGAGCAGUUGCUAAAAUUGGACGGAAGCGGCAAGACGGGUGGUACAGCUGACUACACAACGGAUAGUGGUAACGCCACACAGAAGAUAGACGAAUUGGUGCAAAUCUACCUCGAUGCGGAUGAACAAAUCAACAAAUAUAAAAGCGUUGCUAGGUACGUGUACAAGGAAGAUAAUGUGCUGUUCAAUUUCGUAACGGAGUUAUUCAAAAACGUGGAAAAUAUAAACAACGACAAUUACAAUUUUGUGAACUCCUUCCUGUCCAUCGACAUAGGUGUGUUCUUCCCCAUAAACACAUACACCUACAUUGCCGAUAUGUGCAAAAUAUACAAUAAAGACCAACUCAGCACGGAUGAGAAAAUUCUAGAAAUGCAAUACACACACAUGACGCUAAUAAUAGCUCAGUUUAUUUUACAUUGCAAUAAUAUAAAUAUAUUUAACAGCUGUCUUGGCGUCCUUUUGUUAAUCCAUUUGAAUGUAAAAAAUAGAGGACUGUCCUCUAUCGCGUUAAGUUUUCACAACAAAUUGAAAAAGUACAGUAUUGAUAUUUUUUAUGAAGUUUUACUAUGCGCAUUAAUUGGGCUGUAUACUGCAUAUAUAAAUAACGCACUUGAAGAAAAAGACUUGCUGCUGUUUAGUACCUCUAUAGCUAGCCGGUUGGGAGUUAAAAUUGUAGAGAGGCAGAAACUUCCCCUGUGUAAGUUUAUCCACUCUUGUGUAAAUUGUGCGCUGAAUUUAAAGAAUCAAAAUUCAUUUCUGAAAUAUAUUUUUCCCUAUGCUCAAAAGUUAACUCUCUCCGAAUAUCAAACUGGCUACCUGAAGAAACAGAUUCUAAACCUGAUAGAAUCGUACAACACAGCUAACAACACACAGAUAAAAUUUGAAAAUAGCAUAUUCGAACAUAUGUUCCUGAUCAUUUGUAAGAAGAGAAAACUGAACGAAGAAUUUAGGGACUCCAAUUAUGAAAACUCCUACAUGAACCUUAACGAAAGUAUCCAUAUGAAUAUAAGCAAAAAUAUUGCCAAACGGAUCAGUGGACAAUCUAAUGCACCCUCUAUAAAAACGAGGAGAAGCUCCCAGCAGGUCAACCUUCACGUUAAUAAGGGGGUGACGCAAGAUGGAAACAAUUCCGAUGGAAUGCAUAGCGACUCCGAUUCGGAUACAGAUACAUCUAUCGACGGUGUUGCAAAAGGCGCAGCAAAGAUUCGCCAAAAUGAUGGAAAUAAGAACGAUUUUAAAAUUAAAGAGGAAGUCCUGCAUGGGGGGGAAGAUUCCCUUGAGGAAGUUGCGAAGGGUAGGAAUAAAGACAGAGGAAGUGCGCCAAACCUGGAGAGCACUGUACCGCGGGGCGAUAAGGGGGACGAUUCCGACUAUGAGAAGACUCCGUCCAACUCAACGCUCAGUAACUUUAUUAGCCAAAACGAAGAUGAGGAUAACGUGUUCUUGAUCGGGGAGACCAAACCGGUUAACGCCAACAACGGCAACAAGGGAGCCCCUCGUAAUGAUGAGCAGUACAUGUACGAAAUAAAUUCUAGCCCUAAACCGAUAAGGACCAGGAAAUUGACCAAGCUAAAUCUAAUAAGCAAAGAUGGCUUGAGCUCUAACAUGAAUAACGACCACGGGGAGAAGUCUCCAAAUGGAAGUCCAAAACAUUCGGAUGAUCGGUCCCUCAACAGCUCCCUAAAUAACGCCAGCGAUAAGGACAAUGAUGAUGUGUCCAUAAUAUCUGAGAAGAAGGAAAAGUUGAAUUAUCUACAGGAAAACGAUGAUGACUCCUGUUCGGACAUGAUGCCAGGCUUAUCUCCCAUGAAGGUUCGCAAAAAAAAUAAAAGUGAAUUGUCCACCCCUAUUUCGUACGCCGAUGAUUUGAUGAAUUUUUGA